AUGGCUGCUACAACCUCCGACUACUCGCCACCGUGCUUGCCUGACAGUAUCCAAGAGCGCGCACGAUCCGACCCGGGGAGAAUAUGGGCAAUUUGUCCUAUGCAAGAUGACCACCAGGCCGGUAUCGCUGCCGACCAACCCCAGCCGAUCUAUCGGAAAGUGACUUAUGGAGAGUUUUCAAGUGCGAUCGACUCCGUGGCUCGGAUUCUGACAAAGUCGUUGGGAAAGGAGUCUUGCUUUGAUACAUUAGCGUAUCUUGGUCCGACCGAUCUACGAUACUCCAUAGUUGUUGUUGCGGCUAUCAAGGCAGGUUACAAGAUCUUUUUACCGUCGCCACGGAAUAGCACUGCUGGAUUCCAGUCGCUCCUGACUGAGCUCAAAUGUAGAGUUCUUGUGACCACGGAUCCCGAGCCUCCAUGUGUGCUUGACGCUGUUAAAGGCCACGUGAUGAUCAAGCUGACUCUACCAAGCCUUGAGGACUUACUGAAAAAGAACUACGCCGAAGAAGAAAGCUUUGAGUCCUCCAUCAGCUACAACCUGGAUGAUCCAAUAUUUGUUCUGCAUACUUCUGGGUCCACCGGCUUCCCCAAACCCAUCGUCUAUACGCAUGAAUUUGUCCGCCGGUUGGUUCUGGCAGCAUCUCUCGGAACGGAAAGAAGCGACCAAAAGAAUGACCCGGGCCAUCUCUACCACGCUGGGAGCUUUUAUUGUAUGCUGCCUCCCUUUCACGCUGCCGGGCUCACAUUCACCCUGUUACUCCCAGCUUAUUUUGGCUGUGUUCCAACCUAUCCCUUGCCAGGGAACCCCCCUACAAUUACCAGUCUUCAAAAUGUGAUUCGCAGUGUCAAUCUAGACUGGGCGCUUUUGCCGCCCAGCAUCGUUACGGGAUUGGCCCAACAGGAUAAGGUGCUCAAGGAAGUUGCCAUGCAACUGGAUCACGUCAUGUAUAUUGGUGGUAGCAUACCACAGUGGGCGGGAAACGUGGUCUCUGGGCAAACUCGAUUAUACCAGCUGCUAGGCUCAAGCGAGUGUGGUCUGUUUCCUUUGGUUCUGCAGUCAGGACCGGGCAGUCUGGAGGACUGGAACAACCUCCAAGUUCACCCGUCGUUUGGGGCUGAAUUCCAGCAUCGCUUCGGAAACACGUUUGAAUUGACCAUCGUCAAGCAACAAAACUUAGAUCAUUAUCAGCCGGUAUUUUCCCUGUUUCCGACUUCACAGAGGUAUCAUACCCGUGACCUAUUUGAAGCACACCCAUCGAAACCGGAGCUAUGGGUCUAUUAUGGCCAUGAGGAUGACAUCAUUGUGUUCCUGAAUGGCGAAAAGACAAACCCAGUCUCGUUUGAGCAGCAUGUUUGCUCUCAUCCGCAAGUUCGCUCCGCAUUGGUGGCUGGAUAUCAAAUGAAGGAGGCAAUUCUCCUUAUUGAGCUGGAGGAGAGAGACGCCCCUGCAUUGCAAGACAGAACCGAUUUUGUGAACCACUUGUGGCCGACCAUUAGAGAGGCUAACAGGCUCUGCCCAGCACAUGCGAAGAUCGUGAAGGAUCGAAUCAUUUUCACCGACGCGUCCAAACCUUUUGUCCGUACUGAUAAAGGAACGGUACAAAGGACGGCGACCUGGGAGUUAUUCACAGCGGAGAUGGAUUCGCUGAACCAGCCUGCAAGCCCACCGAUGCAGGUGUCAGAUACCGCGAGUAUAAAAGAUAAUAUUCGUGAGAGAGUGAAAAGUAUUAUGAACAUAGACACUUUACUGGAUGACGCGGACUUUUUUGCAUGCGGGAUGGAUUCUCAGCAAGUUUUGCAGCUGACACGCAAGCUUCAGGCUAUCCCCGAGCUAUCCGACCUGCAAGUUGUCGACAUAUAUUCAUGUCCCUCCAUAUCACGUAUCGCGGCGCUUGUUCCCAAAAGUCAUGGUGGGAUGGGUGGCAAACAGGAUGAUACAGGCGAUAUCUCGGACACGGGCCGUCUCGAGCAGAUCCAACACUACCUGGACUGUUACGAAACAGAGGUGGAUCGGAUAGCUUUGCUGCCCACGCCUUGCCAUGCUAUACCCUGCGAGGGGCCACCUCCCGGGGCAGUUGUUGCCCUGACAGGAUCAACGGGGUCUAUUGGUGCUCAACUGCUACACCUCUUGCUAUGUGAUCCAUCCGUCUCGCAUGUCUACUGCCUCAAUCGCCAUCCUGAUUCUGAGGUCGUCCAGAAGUCUCGCAACAAGGAGCGGGGCUUACCCAGUACUUUCGAGGCCUCAAAAGUGACAUUUUUGCACGCAGACCUCUCCCAGCAUCAGCUAGGCCUCAGUGACGUGGUAUAUAACACGUUGCGUGCCAGCGUUACCCUCCUCAUUCACAAUGCUUGGCCGGUAAACUUCAACCAGCCCCUCAAGUCUUUUCAGCCAAGUUUGAGCGGUACCGUGAACCUUGUCCGCUUGGUUGCUCACGCCUAUCGUCAUCCAUGCCUUUUGUUUCUUUCCUCUGUUGCCGCGGUCUCCAACUACUCCCAAGUAGAGAAUGCUGGACAGCAAGUACCUGAGGCGGUCAUAUCUCUCCCGCUGAGUGCAGGUCCAGGAGGGUAUGGGGAGAGCAAAUACAUAGCUGAGAGAACCUUGCAAUACGCAGCAGAUAAGCUACGCCUUACAGUUGGAAUUGCAAGGGUCGGGCAAAUUGCCGGGAGCGUGCAGAACAGCGUUUGGUGGAACAAAAAAGAAUGGUUUCCCAGCCUCGUGAUUAGUUCCCAAUACCUUGGUGCACUACCUAUCACAAUCGGUCUAUCUCGCUCACGAGGGAACAUUCUUGACUGGAUACCUCUGGAUCAAGUCUCACAAAUUCUCAUCGAGCUAGCCUGUUCGUUGGGAAGCGACAGUAACGACGGAUUUUCCGUAUUUAAUGUUGCACACCCUCGUCCCACAGAGUGGAAGGACAUGCUGCCAAGUGUUCAUGCUGCCUUGUCCGCUGGACUCGAGAAACAUAUAGACCUAGUUCCUUUUCCUAGUUGGGCGAAUCGUCUCGAGAAAAGUGCCCUUGUAACAUCGGGAGUGAGCUCGACGCUCUCCGCAGCGGAACUGUUCCUUUGGAACCCAGCAAUUAAACUGCUCCACUUCUACAAAGCGCUCCUGGAACGAGAGCUCUUUGUUAAUCUUGAUUUAUCUCGGGCUUCGGAAACUAGCUCGACUCUGCGUGGCCUUGAGAGCCUGAAAACUGAAUGGAUGCAAUCUUGGGCAGAGGGGUGGUUUCAAGUGAACGAAUAA